AUGCCUGGACAAGGAGGUGUCCUGCUGGUGCUACUGGCUGUGCUGACCCUGCCGGGAACGGGGGCUGUGAAAGUGAAGUACAGAUGGGUCCAGAUGGACUUCUACCAGCAGGCUGAGAGGCUGCAGCAGGAAGAUGGAGAGUUCUUGUUUGACUUUAAUGAGGAUGAGAUCUUCCAUGUGGACCUGCAAGGCACAGAGGCCCUCUGGCGCCUGCCCGAGUUCAUGAAGUUCACCUACGUUGAGGUGCAAGGAGCUCUGCAGGCCAUGGCUGUAACAAAAAGCAACCUGGAGGUCUCGAAGAUAAAUGCUAACUACUCUCAGGGAACUAUUGAGGCACCUGAGGUGACAGUGUUCUCCAUGGACCCCGCGGAGCUGGGGAAGCCCAACAUCCUGAUCUGCUACGUUGACAAGUUCUGGCCAUCUGUGGUCUCCAUCACAUGGCUGAGAAAUGGGCAGGAGGUGACCCUUGGUGUCCUCGAGUCUGUGUUCUACCGAAGGGCUGACUACAGGUUCCGCAAGUUCUCCUACCUGCCCGUCGUGCCCUCCCCUGGGGACGACUACCACUGCCGUGUGGAGCACUGGGGGCAGUCCAACCAUACCCUGAAGCACUGGGAUCCCCAGAUGCCUCUUUCCAUCUCAGAGAGCACCGAGACCCUGGUGUGUGCCCUGGGCCUGGCUGUGGGCAUCGUUGGCAUCGUCGUGGGCACCAUCCUCAUCAUCAAAGCCAUGAAGACGAACAGCACCCUUGGCCAGAGGGGUGUCCUGUGA